AUGUCGAAGAGCGAUAGGAAAAGCCCGUCACCGCCGGCAACAGACGACAUAGACCAAGAUCCGUUCUCACACUUCCUAUCACCCGUGCUAGACGAAGACGAUCCAUUUGACGAACUCGACUACAAUGCCGGCAUCGACUCUCCCUUUGAAGAAGAGGUCGAGCAAAAACGAACAAACUUCCGUGUCAGGUUGGAGGAGAAAUGGGGAAACUUCCUAGCAUCACGUCGCUCGCCGUCACCGCCGAAGUCACAACAGGCACCGCCUAGGACACCGCCAUCAGAAGAUCAGCUUCCUGAACUCAUCAUCGAUGACCUCGAGGGCUUUGGCUCGCCAUCGUCUUCACCGCCGGCCCGCCAUCCUUCCCUCACAAUACUCAGAGACACUAUUCAAGAAGAGGAUGAGGAAGUUGAUGGCUGGGAAGCAGAUCGCCGACGCAGUCGUAUACUCCGCCGCAAGAACAACUUCCACCUCGACGAAAUGGAUAGACCGGUUACAGCACCAUCACCACGCGCUCACCGUCCAAAACUUCAACGACCUAGAUACAAGAGAUUCAGGACGUUGAGUGGAAGACCUCACUCCUUUGUCGCACCCAGUCCGCAUCUGUGGACUGUGAGCGAACAUGAUGAGAUAUUGGAACAACUUAGAAAUGAAAUGAGAGGAAGACGAUCUAGUCGAUGA